CCCCCCGCUGUCGGCAGUGAACCCCACAUGCAGUUUCAGUCACUUGAUUCUCCCGUGCGCAGCCCACCAGAGCCUCUGCAGCAGGAUUAACCAGCCCCGCCUGUCACAGAGGCGUCCGGCCCUGAGAGUCCAAGGCGGCUGGUAGAAAGCAGAGGAAAGAAAGCCCGAGAUGCGUCAUUUUAAAAGCACGGAGGAUGUCCUGUUUUUCUCCAGGAGUUGGAAGCCUUGGGAGACGUAGCUUUCCUUUGGGCGCGGAGACCAUUUUGAGUAAUGCGUGGCGUAUACCUUGCCUCUCAGUCUUGUUUCCUGGAGUAAACUGUACUUGUAGGAUGAGUUUAAUAAAGAGAAAAGAGGUGAUUUUAGGCACGUGGCGGUGCCCAGCUUGAUGCAGACGCGGUGGCACCGUGGGGACAGGGUCACUUGGCUGAAACUCAGUGGCCCCGUGCGGGACUCCGGCUCCAGCUGGCUCCUGUUCCUGACACUCCUGGUCACUUGUCCAGCCCCCGCUUUCUGCUGUGUGCUGGUCCAUUUGCCGUGGCUUGGUGACCUUGCUCUGCAGCUGCUCCCCUCCAGUCUGCCCCACGUUAUCCCCUCCUGUUCCUCCCCGCCCAGGAAGGUGCUUCUCCUGCUUUCUCCUCUUGAGGCACCUGCUGGCCCGGAGCCUGAGCACUCCCAGGCUCCCCUCCUCUGCCCGCAGCAGCAAGUGAGGCCUGGGGAACUAUUUUUCCCACCAGACUUUCUUUUCUCUGCCCCUCUGCUGCUUUGGGUCCAGGCCUGCCCGCAGUCCUUGCCUGGAGCCUGGGCGCGGGUGCCCAGGGGAUCCUUGCACUUGGCGUUCCCCUCCAGCCUGGCCUGUGGCCUGGUGCCAGGGGUUUGUCAACACCCAUUUAGAAGUGUACGUGGCUUCCUGCUGCUGGAGAAGAGAGUCCAGCUGCUUCCCUGCUCCCGACGGGGGCCUGGGCCUACCUUUCUACAGUGGUUCUUUUUUUUUUUUUUUUUUAAUUGUUUUAGAAUCACUCUUUCCCCUUCAUUGGGAGCAUUUCGGGGCCUGCCUUUCCUGAGUGAGCCUUGUGUUUUCUGUCUCCAGGCCUCUCUGCUGUGCUCUCUGCUUGGCAACCUUGGGCUCCCUUCUGGGCCUAACUUACAGAGAACCAGAACUGUCUUCUUUCUCAUUUAUGUCUCCUUCAGCUCUUCCUCGCACAUACCUUUCCUGCAACUCUUGCGUGAGAUUGAACCCCCAGAGGGCGCAUCAUGCUCUUCUCUGUGUCUCCUGCCCCAGACUCAUGCUCGGCUCCCAGUGGGCACUGGAUUUUAUCUGAGGGUCUGUGCUGUUCUCCCAAGGGCUGACAGGGAUCUUUGUUAUCAGACUUGUGGUUGCCCUUGGGAGUAUGAGUGGUGCAGGCAGGAGCGGGGUCACCUAACGUGAAAAUUGCCCCUGCCAGGCCGGUUCCUCAAAGACUCAACCAGGCCAGUCUCUCAGCCUAACCCUGGCCCUGCCUCCCACCCCUCCAAAGGUUUGUUACCACUCUCAUUGCCUUACAAAGGCACAUUCAGCUGUGAAAUGAAAUCGCAAAUCUUGCAAAAGUGUGAGAUUACAUAAAGUUUGAUGAAAGAACUGUUUGAGAACUGUUAAGUCUCAACUCAUCCUCAGACAGCCACUGAUGGUUGAAAUUUGAAGAGAGGAUAACGCCCUGUGCCCUUCAGAAUAGAUCACUUAGGGCCUC